AUGGCAUCCGACGCCCCGGGACAGAACAACCCGAAACCGCUCCGCGAGACGACCCUCCCGCCCCUCCUCAUCAACCCGCGCAAGCGCAUCCCGCUCCUCAAAACAGCCACCCACCACCCAAUCCCGGAGCCAACCCUCCCCGUCCAGCACAGCAAAACCCACCCGGCGCAAGCCCCUGACGCCAGCAGUUCUUCUGCCACAACAGCCUCCAUCUUCUUCAUCGGCACAGCCACCACCGUCCUCUCGUACGGCGGCGGCACCAGCAGCGGCAGCGGCGGCGGCAUCCGGCUGCUGACGGACCCCAACCUGCUGCACGCAGGCGACCACGUGCACCUGGGCCCCGGGGUGCGCGCGACGCGGCGGACGGAGCCGGCGGUGGCGGACCUGGGCGCGGUGCCGCCCGUCGACGCGGUGCUGCUGUCGCACUACCACGAGGACCACUUCGACCGGGAGGUGGAGGCGCGGCUGAGCCGGGACGUGCCGAUCCUGACGACGGCCCAUGCCGCGGGGUGUCUGACGCGGGGCCGUGAUGAGCCGUUCCGGGCCGUCCGAGCGGUUGGUGUGUUUGAGGCGGUUGUUAUCAAGCCCGAGGGGGGAACGCAGGGGGACGGGGGAAAGGGGAAGGGGCGGAGGAUGGAGGCCGUCAGGGUGACUGGCUUGCCGGGCAAGCACGUCCCGCCGGGCCCGCUCGCGGUGGUGAAUAAGUUGCUCGGGGCGGUGCCGCCGACGAACGGGUGGCUGGUGGAGCUGGGGUGGGUGGAGGAGGCUGCGGGCGGCGGCGACGACUUCCGUUCGGGCUACCGCAUUUACAUCUCGGGCGACACGCUGUAUGUGGACGAGCUGAAGGAGAUCCCGGCGCGGUUGCGCGGUGACAGGAUCGACCUGAUGCUGGUGCACCUCGGCGGCACCACGAUCCCGGGGCCCGACAUGCCGCUGGUCAUGGUCACCAUGGACGCGGAGCAGGGCGUGCGGCUGAUGCGCCUGGUCGACCCGGACGUAACGGUGCCGAUCCAUUUCGACGACUACGACGUGUUUUGCUCGCCCCUGGACGACUUCAAGAAGGAGGUCGAGGCCGCCGGGUUCGGCGACCGUGUCGUGUAUCUGGACCGGGGGGACGAGUACCGCUUUGCGGUCCCGGAGACCUAA